AUGGAAAUCGAAGAGAUCCCUGAGGAGCAAGAAGUGAUUAAUCUUAGUGAGUCUGAAGAAUCUGAUGAGCUCGUGGAAGAAGUUCAUUUAGACCCCAAAGAAAUUAAUGAUUUGCUGUUUUUAGUGCAGAGUCUUGGGUGCACGAAAACAGUUGGAAAUGUGGAAACAUACAUAAAAAGCCAAGAGUGUGUUGAAUUCUUAAAGGAGCUUUAUAAAAUAUUAACUCCUUGAAUGAUAAAUUCUUUUCUUGUCUGCUAAUAUAAAGAUUAAUUUAUUUUAAUAUCUUUUAUCCCUUCUUUAACAAUAUUUAUUAAAAAAAUUAUUAACUAAUUAACUAAUUGGUACAUAAGCUUAAAAAAAGCUUGCAAAUUGUCUUAUAAUUAUUUUUACUUAUGCCAUUCGAGUAAGGAAUGAAAAUCCUGACAGCACACUUAAAAGAUUAGAGCUUGGGGAGUGAAAUGUAGUUGAGAGUGAUCUAUUAAAAUUGCUUGUAAGUUAUCCAGAAGACAGACAACUCGCUUUUUACUGCAUUAUUGUACUUGUAUCUCUUACUGAAAAGCCAGAUAAAUCGAACUAUAACCAACAAAAAUAUAUUGAGUCUUUACAAAACUACAAGCUUUCAGUGAUAACUUCUAAAGACGCAAUAAAAGUAAUAGUCAACCAUCUUGCUGAAUGCUUAUCUAAGCCGACAGACCAACGAAACGAGCAGCAUGAUCAAAUGCUUGAGCUUAUCGUAUAUCUUUUUCGAAAUUUAUUGGCUGUUCCUGAUAAAACUUCUCAUGUUUUAAAAGCAAGCAAAGGGAUCGCGAUUUAUAAUUCUAGAGAAGACAAUAUGAAAGACCUACAAACGAGAUUUCUACAUAAACUUGCUGAUGAAACUGUACUUGAGGCGAUUGUUUAUCUUUGUCAAGAUUUCACGAAUCCAGUUGUGAAAAAAUUAAAUUUGUGCUUUUUGGAAAUUUUUUAUCAUAUAUAGCCUAGGUACGAAUUUAGCUCUAUAUGGCUAGGUUAGGAGCGGUUAGCUUAUCCUUUAUCAACAAAUUAAGCCUUUAAGAAAAAUCCCUAAUUUUGAGAAAAUCACAGGCAAAAAUUUUUUAAUAUAAUUUUUUGUAUAUUAUAUUGUGAUAUAUCAUUAAUAAUUGUAAUAAUUAUAUCUUCAGCUAAUCCUAUUAAAUGUUUAACUGCUUGCACCCUAAAAUAUUAAUUUUAGAUUUUUCAUUUCAAAAUUAUUUAUAAAUCCAAACUUUUUUAAAUAUAAAUUUUCAACAAAAAUUAACUGCCCCUUUCUGUUUUAUAAGUAUUUUAUGUUCACUAACGAAGGAGGGAGUUAGGAACAUGAUUCUCAGCAACAGUUACCAAGUAGCCUAUAUUUUCAGCUAUAAAUUCUCUAGCUCACAUCGAGCUAAUGCAGCCCAAGGAUAUAUUUAAAAAUUUUCAGCCAGGGUCAAUGUGAGCUAAAGAAGCACCAGUUUCUCUUCUUCAAGCUUUAAGAGAAAAAGAAAUGGAAAACCAAAAGCUGCAAAUGAAAGAGCUUCCAACCCGUCACUCAAGAUUUGGAAGUAGCUAUAAAGUUCAGAGAUCCAUGGACAAAACAACAUUAGUAUAUCAUAAUCCCUUCAAAGAAAGAAUAGAAGCCAAUAAAAUCCCAGGCCAAAUGAACCGGGCUCGACCUCAAAGAAAAGAAAAUAUGAUAAGUCUCCCAAGUAAAAAAAGUGAGCAAGAGCUUGCAAAAAUUGAUAAAUUCUUACUCGAAAAAAUCAGGAAAUUCGCUGAAGAAGUGCUUGACCAUUGUUUUUCUCCUCUUGUCGAAACAAUUUUUGUCGAAUUUUACAAAGAAUCAGAGAGGCUUGAAGACGAGGACAAGACUUAUUAUUUUUUAUUCCAAGCUUUUAUGUUUGAAUUUUUAAGAAAAAAGCAUGCUUGCAAAUCGGAGGUAUUGGACAUUGACGUCUCACCAAUUGCUGAAGCUUUAAAGCUUCCUAAUUUUGAAUAUCUUUAUAGGUCAUUUCUAUAUGAAUUUAAAAAAACCUCGAAAAAGGAAUUCAACACAAGAGAACUUCAUGCAGCGUUAAAAUUUUGUACUGAGUUUUUAUAUAUUAUUCGUGACAUGAAUAACUCACAGACAGAAACCACGAGAAGAAGGUUAGGUUAAGUUAUUAAAGUCAGACGUCAGCCAUGCCCAAAUCUACCAGGAUGCAUAUCUCUUGAGCUUGCACUUGAUUCUCGGCCCGAAGUCCGCCUCAGUUCGCCGUAGCCAUAAGGUCAGGACUGUUGAGCCAAAAGGCCAAGCUGACACGUUUCGCCAUUUUAAUGUAUAUAAGUCAUGAGAAGAAAUGCACAAAUUUUAAUGCAAAAUGUUUUUUACCAUGAAAUUUCGAGAGUAUGUAGGAAGUCGUUUGAGUAUUGGAAAGCUGGGGUUAAUGAUAAAGAAUUUUUAGAAGAUAUAGUUGAAUUUACACAUAUGACGUUUAAAAUUCUUGAAGAAUACUCACAAGGAAAAGCUCUGACUGUAAGAACUGAUAAACUGUCAAGAAAAAAGAAAAAAAAGGAAAAAGAAGGCGAAGAAGGCGAAGAAGAAGAAGAUGAAGAAAAUCAAAGCCAAAAUGAAGAGGACGAAGAAACCUCUUAUCAAGAAAGGCAGCUUAAUUUUGUUGUAGAAUUUUCUUUACUGAUUGACCAUGAUGUGAUUUCAAAAUAUAUUUUCUUGCUGAAUGCGUUAUGUGUUAAUGCUAAUACUGAAUAUUUAAAGUCUCUACUUCCAGUAGUGUGGUGGCACAAGCGAAUUGGGUGGGACUUCCAUGUCUGGUAACUCUGAGCCCAGGCCGAAACCCCUGGUUUUCUCGGUAGUGGGUUGCCCUUUUUGUGUCCGCAGACAUUUGCGGGCAUCACCAUUUCCAAUUCAGUCCCUCGCCCUUAGGCCAACUGUAUCUACCCUGGCUGGUGUCGUCCUUAUUAUUUUGGGACCCUUUUAACCGGAGGGACCGCCUUGAUUCCACAUCUAGCCUGCCUCCCCUUUUACCAGGUCAUCCCUGAGUAAAAACUCAACCACUUCCGUGAUUCGGGGCAAAGCCAUCGAGAGCAGCCUGAGCAGAGAAAUCACCCUGCUCCAUUUUCGGGUACCCACUGGCUAGGGCGCUGCUGGGAAAAGGAUUCACGAUUAAUUGCCCAAGGAUCAGGCCACAAAUCAGCGGGUCUGUGCUUAAGCCCAUCGCUUCUGGGCUCCUGAUAUUGUUGGGCUAUAUCAUUCCUCCUGAAAACCAUGCCGGAUAUACAUGGGUUACCGUCACACGAGAGGACGGGUCGGACGUCAUACGCCAUUUUAUGUAUAUUAUUUUCUUGCUGAAAAGAUUCAAAGAAAAUACAGACAUGGUAAAUAUACAUGUGGUUUCAUUUUUAGACAAAGUAAUUAAUGAGUGCAUGGCGGAUUGGGUUUUAUUCCAAAUGGAAUACAUAAAUAUUUUUGAUGAAAUUUUGAAUGAUAAAACGUCAAAAAACAACCCGAAAUAUAAAGAUAUCUAUCAUUUAGUUAGUACUAUUGUGACGAGAUUUUUCGCCCUUUUUGAGAAAAAUAGACUUUUAGUGGUGGAAAGCUUGUUCAAAAUUAGUGAUAAAAAUAUUAAAAAUCAAAUUUUGAGCAAUUAUGAAGGAAUUUCAACUACGAAUGCAGAAGACCAAGAUAUGGAUGAAAAUAUAUAUUCUCAGCCAAAUAAGGAAAAAAAGACAAAAUGGGCUAGGGAAGAAGAUGAAAUUUUGAUUGAUAAUUGGAAUACUUUUAAAGAUCUUGAAAGUGUUUAUGAAAUAUUAGCAGGCCUUUUAAAAGACAAAACUGCCCAGCAAGUCCAAAAAAGAGUCAAAGUAUUAAAGCUGAACAAAGGAAUUGAGAAAGCAAAGCAAGCAAUGAGAGAAAUUUACUGUGAAGAAGAUAUCUAUGACCUUCGAGACGCAGUCCCAAGAGCCUAUAACAAAUACGGAAAAGACACAAUUAUAUCUGCAAUUGAAAGCAUUAUGAAGGACUACCAAGUUUAUUUAGAAGAAGUCAAAACUGGAGAAUAUGCUAUCAUUCCUAUUACUAUUGACCAAUUCGAGCUCUACAACGACAAAGAUUUUGGUGCUCUUUUAGUAAGUUUAGGUGCCAGGCCUCCAACUCAAGGUGAGUGGUGCUGGAGAGUUUCUAACAGCCUUGACGAAAUUACUCAUGCCUUUGAGAAUCUAAAACUUAUUAAUGAAACCCAAGCUGAAGAAGAAAACGAAGAAGAAUACACGUCAAACACAAAUAAUCUCAUUUAUUCCCAAUUAAUGUCACAAACUGAAACAGCUGCCUCAACUUUAGAAGCAAACGCAGAAAAUCUUGAAAAAAUUAAAAAAGAUAAAAAAAAGAAGAAAAUUAUGAAGGAAAAGAAUAGAGAAAGGGAGAAAAAUAAUGAAAAAGUGAAAGAGAAAAAGAAGUCAGCAAAAGCGUUGAGGAGAGAAAGAGCACAAAUGAUAGAAGGCGAAGAAAAUGGGGGAAAUUUGCACGAAAAAAUAGAAGAAAUGAUGGAAGAGAGCCCUGAAGAAGAGAAUUAUGAAAUUCCAAGCGAGAAAAGAGAGGAAUCUGAUGGUGAAGAAAAUGAAUAUAAUGCAGGAGCUAUGGCUUCUCUUUUUCAGAAAAGUAAUCCAAGUCCUAAAAAGAGCGACUCUGAAGAAGAAUGCACAUAUGCACCUGGAAGCUUGUUCAAUUAA